GAAACGCAAGCGACCCCGGAAGUCCUCCCGGGCACAGCUGGUCCGUAAGAUCUCGUCCCCUUCGCCACCCAGAGGGCUUCACUACCUGACUGGCCAUGGACGAUACCCUGUUCCAGUUGAAGUUCACAGCGAAGCAGCUAGAGAAACUGGCCAAAAAGGCAGAGAAGGACUCCAAGGCUGAGCAGGCCAAGGUGAAGAAGGCCCUUCAGCAGAAAAACGUGGAGUGUGCCCGCGUGUAUGCUGAAAAUGCAAUCCGCAAGAAGAAUGAAGGUGUAAACUGGCUCCGCAUGGCAUCCCGUGUGGAUGCAGUAGCAUCCAAGGUACAGACAGCUGUGACCAUGAAGGGGGUGACCAAGAAUAUGGCACAGGUGACCAAAGCUCUGGACAAGGCGCUGAGUGCCAUGGAUCUUCAAAAGGUGUCUGCAGUGAUGGACAGGUUUGAGCAGCAGGUGCAGAACCUGGAUGUGCACACGUCGGUAAUGGAGGAUUCUAUGAGCUCUGCCACCACGCUGACCACACCUCAGGAGCAGGUCGACAGCCUCAUUGUGCAGAUUGCUGAGGAAAAUGGCCUAGAGGUCUUAGACCAGCUCAGCCAGCUUCCAGAGGGCGCCUCUGCUGUGGGCGAGAGCUCAGUGCGCAGCCAGGAGGACCAGCUGUCUCGAAGGUUGGCCGCCCUGAGGAAUUAGCGUGCCCUCGGCAGGUGUUGCCUCCCUUCUAUGAUGCACUGGAGGCUUCUGCCCCGCUCUGCACUCGACUUUCUCCAACCCUUCAUAGCUGCCUUGGCUCUUUUCCAACCUGCCAGGCUGGGCGCCUUAGAACUGAGCCUUAGGUUGGGCAGUGGGCCUCUGUCCUGAUACCGAAUUUGCACAAGUGUGUGGGUGACUCAUAUGACUUUGUGGACCACAUCUGGAAGAUGGCAAGCUCUGUGUUGUCCUCUGCCUAUGUGGAGUUGACAGGGUUUGACCAGCAGAUGUGUGGACUUCAGCCCAGUGCUUCAGGGCCUUCAGUUUCCAGUGAACACACACCUGCUGCUUGCUGUGGCCAGUGAAGAUCAGAGCCAGUCCUUUGCCAGGUAGUUCCUGGGAGCCUCUCCCUGACCUCUGCAGACAGGAAAUCCUGUUGAGUGACAGCCCCGAGUAGGUUCCUGUGGACUUUUGUGUACCAGAGAUGUCCAUUGCCACCAACACUGGCUGGGGCCUUACAGGUGGUUCCUCUCUUCCAUGUUCCCAGGGCUGAGUUUGUUCCUUGGCUGCCACUGCCAGCCGGCUGAGUCGGCCAGGGCUUUCUGUCCCUCAGCUCCCUUCCCAGCCUACAGAACUGUCAUCCAAUCUCAAGUCCAGGUGUUUCCUCCCGAGAGAUGCUUACCCUUCCUCAGCAGCUGCCUCUGGAAGGGCUUGGGGCCACUUGGGCUGCACGAUCUGUGUGAUGGCUCCAGGCCUCCAAAUUACAGCCUUUCAGGCCUUUUAAAACUUCUCACUCUUGAAUGUGAGGUCCUCUGACUCUUCUUUUACAUACAGAAGGCUGCCCUUCUGCCUUCUCCAAGGGAAACCGGGAUAGUAACCUUUGGCUGCGGUCAGCUCUUCUACACCCUUUUGCAGUGGGAAGCUGGCAGGGAGAGGGCAGUGAGAAUGCCUGGGGCGGCCCUAGGCUGCGUGCACAGGCCGCUGCUGUAUUUCUCUUCUGAAGUUUACUCCUGUUCUUAAACCUCCUGGUGAUUUUGUUCCUUUGCCAAAGUGGAAGGCACACAGCAGAUGGAGUGUGUUUGUCCAGCCCUCGUCACAGGCUGAGCAGGGCAGUACUGCCUGCAGGGUUACACUCAAGCUCGGAUACCUCACCUUGACUUGCUGUGUUUGUUUCUUUCUGUUCUGCAUUUUGGGGUCCUCAGUGUUCCACAUUACAAAGCUUGUGUUGGGGGCGGGGACCAAGGUACAGACUAACCAUGGGCCCCUCAGGCUUCCUGAAAUCAACCUGCAUGACAGGUGUUGAGAGUAACUGCAUUCUCUCAGAACAACUUGUGAGCUCCCUGAGUCCUGGAGGCUGCAGGAUUUUUGGAACACUAGUAGAUUUCAAGAUGCUGGGCCGGGUUCAUCCAAAUGGAUGUAUCUGCCUUCAAAAUGCUGUUGUAAAUAAAUACAUUGAUUGUUGGAGAAUU